AUGGUCACGGAAACCCUCAGUGCGCAGCCGCAGACUGCUCAGGACAGUGCUCCCAUGACCGGUACCCACGCUCAGGCAGCGACCGCGAAUGUUGGCUCGCAAUCGCCAGGUGCUAAACCGCAGCCCCCUCCCAAGACGGACAAGCCGAGACCACACGUCUGCCAGACAUGCCAGCGCUCAUUCGCUCGUUUGGAGCAUCUCAAGCGUCACGAACGCUCGCACACAAAGGAGAAACCAUUCGAGUGCCCGGAAUGCACGAGAUGCUUCGCCCGGCGCGACCUCCUCCUGCGUCACCAGCAGAAGCUCCACAUGACGGCUACCCCCAGUAGCCGCCCAAGAGCGGGUUCCCGCAGGGAGAGCACCAGCUCAGUCGCCACCACCACCAGCACCGGCAGGGUCCGCAAGAACUCGAUGUCGAACGCCACCACCACUCCCGUCAGCAACGGCGAUGGCGGAGCGUCCACCAUGCGCGCCCGGCCGCGAGCAAACACCAUCGCUCACAUCGAUUCGUCUACUCUAGGUAUGAUUGCGAAUUCGGGGAGUAUGAGUUUGAAUCAGGCAGGGAGGGGUGGUCCUGGCAGAGGCGGCCCGGGUGUUGCAAACAUGGGUAUUGGAAGUUUCGGUUCCUCAAGUCACCAUGGUGAAUCCAACCUGCCAAAGAUUGAUACCUCCAUUUCAUCGUUAGAUCUAGGUGGAAUGAUGCCCCGCUCAGCCGGCAUGCUGUCGACCUUUGACGAUCUUGAAGGCUUCCUGUUUGGUAACACGGUCAACCCCGCGGCGCUGCACUUCAACAUGUCGCCACUGCACCAGCCGAUUGGUUCGCCGACGUCGCCGUUUGGACAUUCCUAUUCCGGCGUUGAUAGCACUUACUACUCGGUCGACGACGGUGAUGAUGACUCGGAGUGGAUGCACAUGCUGGGACAGGGCAUGAUGGCCGAGCCCGUUGACCAGUCGUCGCCGAGUGCCUUCAGCACGACGUCGGGCGGUGCCAUCAGCGAAGUAGUCCUCAGCGAGCCCAUGUGGCAGACACACCACAGUGGCAUGCCGUUUUCCGAUUUUAGAACGCCGAACUUCAAUGAUACCCCACCGCCUGAUCCGUUGUCCGUUGAACCGUCCGCGAUGCACCAACUCUUUUCCUCUCAGUACGCGAGCACGCCCACUGACGGUCCGACAUCGGGAUCGAUGCCACCGAUGGGCGGCAACAACAACCAUAACAACCACAGCCACCAUAAUAGUAAUAACAACAGCAGCAGCAGCAAUAGCAGCAGCAGCAACAGCAUCAACCUAAUCCGCCAACUCUCGGCGGCGGCGGAGUCGGUCACGGAUGCCACACGCACCGCCCUGGCCACCACCUUGGUACAGAACUCGGGGUUCGGAGUCGGGGGCCACGGCCACGGCCACGGUCACAGUCACGGCAGACGGCAGUCGCUCAGUGCCCAGUCACUGAAUCCCAAUUUCCCAAAGCAAGGCAUCAACCUUCCUCACACGAAGGAACUCCAGCGAUACGUUGAUGCAUACAUCCGAUUCUUCCACCCGCACCUCCCCUUCCUUCACCUUCCCACCUUGCGCUUCGACCCGUCGUACAGCAGCGGUCAGCACUCGAACGGAAGGGAGUUCCUCGUGCUCUCCAUCGCCGCGGUUGGCGCGCUCUACGAGUUUGAGCCACAGGCGGCCGGCGAGCUCUUUGAGGCGGCGAAGAAGACGGUCGAAAUAUUUAUUGAGGAACGGCGGAAGGCGGCGGUUAGCGCGGCCACCAAUGGACUGCACAGCUCGAGCUCCGGAACCGAUACGCCCGUCUGGCUCGUUCAGGCGAUGCUCCUCAAUGUCAUCUUCGGACUUCAGUGCGGCGAUCGCAUGGCCGGAGAAGUCGCCCAGAGCCACGUGUCGACCCUGGUCCAGCUGGCGAGAGCCGCUAGCUUGACACGGCCGGCGCCUUUGCCGACCGCGAACUCCUACCAACAUCAGCAUCAGCACCAGCAUCAGCACCACCAGCACCAGCAGCAGGAUGAUACGGACAUCCAGAUGGCGGAUCUCGAGUUGUCGCCGUUCGGUGGAAGCAUGGGUAGCGAUGGAUGGUCCGGGCUGGGAAUCAAGGUGGAGGCGGAUGACAGCGUGGAGUGGUCCAAUUGGAUUCUGGCGGAGGAGAGGAAGAGGACUCUGUUCGCCGUUCACUUCCUGUCCAGUCUUCUCGUCGCGGCUCACAACCAGGACCCGAAGCUGGUCAACAACGAGAUCCGUCUGGACCUGCCGUGCAGCGAGGAGUUCUGGACCGCGCCGACCGCAAACGCGUGGAGCCAGAAGGGAGGAUACAUGGCGGCCACUCAGAGCUCGCCAAACUUUGCCGCUGCUCUCAAUGGCCUCCUGUCGGCCGGACAACAGCAGCAGCAGCAGCAGCAGUACGGUUCGACGAAUUCCUUCCAGCAUUUCUCGAAUGGCCACCAAGGCGGAAUCCAGCCCUACCCACCGCCGGGGGUCGUGCCGAGCACCUUUGGAUGUCUCGUCUUGAUCUGCGCUCUCCACGUGUACAUCUGGGAGACCAGACAGAGCAAUCAGGCACGACACUGGACUUCGACCGAAGCCGAGAACAUGCACGCGCACAUCGAGCCCGGACUGAAGGCAUGGCAGUCGGCGUGGUAUCUGACCCCGCACCACAGCAUCGAGCGACCGAACCCGUUCAAUAUGGGUACCCUUUCCGCCGACUGCAUCCCGCUCCUCGAUCUUGCGUACAUCCGUCUGUUCGUCGACCUCGGAAGGGCAAAGGAGUUUUUCUGGGCCCGCGACUACGAGGGCAUGGCCGAUGAGAUUGCCAAGGGCUGGGAGAAUGGCCAGAGCACGCCCAUAUCUUCGGCGUCGUCCAUCUCGGCACGGUCCGACUCGUCCUUCUCGAACGCCAUCUCUCCCCCGUCCUCUCCCGGGUCGGCUUCGCCGUCGCCCAACCUCGGACCCAUCAAGAUGGAGCCCGAGAUUCCCCGAUACAGCGAUUCUUCCCUCCUCCACAUGCUGCCCUCCACCAACUACAACACGAACCUCGGUGGUGCGUACUCGAGACGGGAGAAGCACCUGCGCAGAGCCGCCUUUUACGCUGCGGAUUCUCUCGCCAUGUCGGACACGCUGUGCACGUCCAAGACGACAUCGUACGCUGCGAGCCAGGAGCUGUGCCGCGAGCUACCGAUCCAGUCGGCACUGUGCACAUUCGAUUGCGCCCAGGUCCUAGCCGAGUGGAUCGCGACGGUGCAGAUGCGAGUCGCGCCGUACAUGGGACUCAUGACGACGGAGCACUGCGACCUGGACAGCCUUGAGGCGUUGAUGAUCUUGGAGACCGAGGACCGCAAGUUGCUCGGCAAGGUCAGGGACAUGCUGCAGACGGCAGAGUCGAAGGUUUCCAUGGAACAGCCGCGGACGGACCACCCAUUCGUCCUCAACAGCGGCCUCGGUCCUACUGUGCUGCGGGUGAGUGCGUAUCUGCUCGAGCAAGCGGUCGUAUGGCCUGCUACUCGGCUCAUGGCGCAAGCACUCCGCGCACACGCAGACCACAUGGAUACCCGAACUCGGAGCGUGCUGCCACUCCAGAACUGA